UUCAAGAGAAAGUUAAAAAAACUUGAUCCUAUAUUUUCAUAUUGAUACCCCAUAAGGAGACAUCUCCAUAAAUAUAUUCCGAACCCCACCAGCAGCAGCAUCAACUACAAGCAUGGACAAUCGAACUGAGCUUAUCACUGAUGACCACAAGAAGUUCGUCUUCUCGUUUAUUCGCAUGUUGCGAAGGGUUAAGGUUGACGACGCGGAGCGUUGCGAAACUAUUGUGCAAAUGUUAGGUGAUGAGUUCAAGUUGGACCCCGCUGGCACGGGUGGUUCAUACGAUACCGAAGUGGACGCCAUGGGCGCGUUUAUAAAGGCUCUCCGGGAGCACGAAAGUCGAGCAGGGCUGGAGCAGGAUGAUAAGUUCAAGUCCUUUAUUUCUCUUUUGGAGAAAAAGGAUUACUUUAAGGGGCUCAAGCCCGGCACCCCUGAGUACGAGCAGCGUUUCGAAAAGGCUCGUGAAAAGUUCAAUCAGCGAAACAAUCCAUACGACGGUCUCACUGCAGAGCAAAUUAAGAAUAAAGGGAAUGAACUUAUGGGACAGGCUAAGUACAAGGAAGCGAUUGCGUACUACACUAAGGCUAUCGAGCUGGAGCCGGAGAAUGCUAUUUUCUUCGCCAACCGCGCCGCUGCGCAUACCCACAUGAAAGACUAUAGCAGUGCUAUUAUUGACUGUGAGCGUGCCAUCGUCAUUAACCCCAAUUACUCCAAGUCCUUCUCGCGUAUGGGUACCGCGCUUUUUUAUCAAGAAAACUACGCACGCGCUGCGGAUGCGUUUAGCAAGGCCUGCGAGCUGGACCCUGAAAACAAUACGUACAAGGAAGACCUCAAGCGUGCUAAGGAGAAGGCCGCCGGCAGCGCGGCGAUGCAGCGAAACAGCGGUGGCAUGCCUGGCUUUGGUGGGAUGCCCGAUUUGAGCCAGUUCGCGAGUAUGAUGAACAACCCGCAGUUCAUGGAGACGGCGCAAAAUAUGAUGCAGAACCCCGAGUUUAGCAACCUUGUUGCGAACAUGGCGAGCCGCUUUGGACAGAGCGGCUUCGAUCCCGCGGAGGUGCAGCGGCUUGGCGCGGAGUCGGCGAUGGGGAUGCGCGAGGUGGAUGACGAGGGGAAUCUCGUCACUCCCUUUGGUAAGGUCCCACAGGAUGCCAUAGCGAAGCUGCAGGAGGAGGAGGUGCGCAAGAACCCCAAACUCGCAUCCAUCAUGGCGGACGUUCAGGCCAACGGGUACAGCGCCUUUCAGAAGUACCUUGGCGAUCCGGAUGUGAUGAACUUGAUGCUCAAGUUCCAGAACUUGGUGUUCUCGAACAAAUCAAAUGAACAGUAA